AUGCAAUACGUGCUCAAUCUGUUGGGUCCAUUUGCUCGGUUUAAAGCGUUCCAGGAGAUCGUAUGGUUCGUAAGUCCUCAUCAGCGCUUGGAACAAGUGGAUGAGUUUAUAAUACGCAUAGACGAGGCCUUUGGCGAGACGGCCACUCAGACGGUGGUGAACAACAAUACGGAUAUGCGAAUGCUUCACUCCUCGGCCCGAAGGAACCACUUGAGCUUUGUGUUCACCACCGGAGCAGAGGAUCCGAUUAUGAAGGUGUUUAGUAAAGUCUUGCUUGGGCGCCACUUCUACUUCUCGAUGAUAAUGUACGUGGACAAGGUGGCUGAAAUGCAACCGAUUAACGAACUGCUGAUCUUUGCCUACAAUGAGCAGUUCCUUAACUCCAUGGUUUACUUUGAGUCGGAGGAGGGUGUAAACCAGCUCUUUGGGGUUACCAAGUUCCCCACCAUGACUUUCGAGAACCGCACGGACUUUUUGACGUAUAUGGCAAAGGUUUGGAAGAAGGUCUUCAAUGCCCGCUCUGAUGUGGGUGGCUUUGGAUUCACCACGCCCUUACGUCAGGAUCUUCCACAUCUCUUCAAAUCGCAGGGACACUACGAAGGUAGUACCUAUAGGAUCAUUGAUACCUUUGUGAAAUUCAUCAAUGGUAGUUUUACGGAGCUCAUUAUGCCAAGAGAUGCUCUUGGUGGACAGGUGAUCAAUAUGAAGGAGGCCCUGCAGUUAGUUCGCGAUCGCAAGAUGGAGUUCUGUGCCCAUGCCUACGCCCUGUUUAUGCCCGAUGAGGAGCUGGAGAAGACGUACCCCCUGCUGGUGGUGCAGUGGUGUCUGAUGGUUCCCCUCUACAAUAGUGUUUCCACCUACUUUUAUCCCCUGCAGCCCUUCGCUUGGAACGUGUGGUUUUUCGCACUGGGAGCUCUUGUGGGAUUGACUCUUCUGGAGCUGAUGUGGCUCAGGAUGUUUGGAGGUUGGUCAGGCUAUCAAGACGCCCUAUUGGACUCUUUUUGCUAUAUCAUCAACGUACCCACCGAGGGGCAGUUACAACAGCCCUGCCUGCUUCGCUUUCUUCUCUUGGCCACUGUAUAUUUCCAUGGAUUCUUCCUUUCCGCCUACUACACCUCCAAUUUGGGCAGCAUUCUGACCGUGAAUCUAUUCCACGCACAGAUCAACACUAUGGAUGACAUAGUGAGUGCCCAGUUGCCUGUGAUGAUAAUUGACUACGAGAUGGAAUUCCUGCUAAAUCUGAAUAAGGAGCUGUCUGAUGAAUUCCUCAAACUGCUACGUCCCGUGGAUUCAGCUAUUUUCUCAGAGCACCAGACGAAGUUCAAUAGCUCCUUUGCCUACUUCGUCACCGAGGAUCACUGGGAGUUUCUCGACGAGCAGCAGAAACAUCUUAAGCAGCGCCUCUUCAAACUGAGUGGUAUUUGUUUUGGUUCCUACCACCUUGCCUUUCCCCUCCAGAUGGAUUCAUCCUUGUGGCGCGACAUUGAGUACUUCACAUUCCGCAUUCACUCCAUGGGACUGCUCAACUUCUAUGCCCGCAGCAGCUUUGGGUCUGCCCUCCAUGCCGGUUUGGUCGAGCGGUUGCCGGAGAAUCGGGAGUACACCUCCGCCGGACUGCAGCAUCUGGCAAUUGCCUUUAUUCUAUUACUGGUCAUGAGCUUCUUGGCCGGGAUUGUGUUUGUCCUGGAAAUGGUUUCCAGGAGCAGUGCCAGCUUGCUUUUUUAUUAUCAGUAA